AUGGACUGCAGUAACGACGCGCAUGAACAGAACAAUUUUCUCUCUCGCGCAGAUGCAUUACCGUCCCCGUCACAAGUACUACCAUCCGAAGACCCUGGACAUGAUUCAGAAGAUGAGUACGCGAAUUAUAUGGCUUCUCUAAACAUUUCGGAUGAAUCUAAAUGGAAACCAGUGCCCGUAAGCAACAAGGCCGAAGACUUUUCACCGAAUGGGGAGCUCGACGUCGAGCCGGCGCGUCCAUGGCCUGGAGGACUGCGGCCGUCGCGUCUGAAGCACUUUGCUUCGCACUAUCCAGUUACCCCCUUGGAUCCAAUCUACAAGGAGCAAUACUUUUGGGGAAAAUUAAAUUCAGUGCCAGGCUUCCGACCCCGCGCGCUCAAACCACCAGCUCGACUUCGCUUCGCUUCGCACUUACCGGGACGCACGCGCCCUCUCAAAUUGUUUCAAGAUCUGGCAUACGAUAAGUUGGCUGCUGUGCAAUCGCAUCGUCAUUCGGCGUCAGGACUCCUGACGAGCUUCUUAGCCAUACAUAAGAUCGUUCAAGUCCCAGGAACCAUCGUAGCGUGUGCAGCAGCGUCGGGUGGGCAUCCUGACUAUUCCGAUGAAGAUCGGGAAGCGUCCCCCCAAUUAGACAACAAUGCCGGGACAUUGGUAGUGCUCGACCAGGGCCGAUCUUCUUCGAAGAAAUACUACACAGUGAAUGAUGUAUUGUUCAAUCCAUUGAACCCCAAACAAUUUCUAUCGACUGGGAAUGAUUGUCAAGUGCAGAUUUGGCAGCUGCCUCAGGUCGAUGCAGUGGAAAUGAUUGAAUCAGUCACCAGCGUCCCCUGGAUGAUGAAUUCCAUUACGCUCGGGGAUGCUGCCCAGGACUUGGUGCGCUCAUCCAAUGGCGCAAACAUUGCUGUGUCUUGUCGAGACGGCACAGUUUCCAUCUUCAAGACAAUGAAUUUAUUUGCUUCAUCAACAGAGUUCAGAGCUAUGCCUCUGCCUGAUCCAGAGACCAAACUUCAUGUUGCUCCUCCUGAUGCUGGGCAUGCUACGGGUACUGUACUGUGGGGAUGCGGUCCAACUGAGCGCCUUAUAUACACAUCUUCAGAACCUCACGACUCAGAUGGUGAGGGAAAGGACCAAGGUUUCCACCAUGCAUAUGAUAUGUCACAAGGUCGAGAGCUAUUUCCCUUCAGCGCUAAUGAAGCAGGUGAUGCAGGAGCCAUCAGUCCAGAUGGGAGCUCAUAUGUCCUGAUCACAUGUGGUGAGAAUAAUCAGCACCCCAUAAGGUUGUAUGAUGUUGCCCGCAAGUCGGGACAUGCCAUUGCUGAAACAACGCUCGAGGCAUCUAUUUCACAAUUUUCUUCAUUUGAAGUCACGGCGGCCACUUUCUCUUCCGAAGGUCGCCUCCUUGCUGUGGCACGCUCAGAUAAUGCCACACAUAUGUACGACAUUCGCAUGCUAACCAAAGGUCCCCUUGUGGUGUUCAAACACAAGGAAUUAGAUGUAAUAGGUUCACCCAGGUAUGGUGUUGUUCAUGCAUGCUGGGUCGAGGGGCGGGAUCGGCGACGCGUUGGCAUUGUCAGUGGGGGAAACGAUGGGUGCGUGCGAGUAUGGGAUCCGAUGCUUGCAUUGUCAGACAAGUCCCAAGGGAAAGUGCUAGCACGCACAGAGUUUGAUGUUGCAUACUUUGCCUUGGGCGAUAUGUGGGCAGGGGAGAAACCACUCAUUCUCGGCCAUUGUGGCGGAGGCCUCUACGUCUAUGACCACUUGGAUGGUGACGGCGUACCAUGA